GUAACUCCGCAGAAAUCUGACAUGCGGGGCUUCUUUAGGGAACCUUUUGACGAUGUGGCGUGGCGUAUGGCGUUACUUCCGUCAUUCCGGCCACCAGGUGUUGAACCUUACCCAAGUCGACUUGGUUCUCGGCAUCCUAUCUUGGACCAUUUUGCAACUGCCGUGGUGGGGUACCAGUGUCAAUGUUACCGACCAAGAGAAUUUUUCUUCAACCUCCUACUCUGUUUGUGUCUUUUUAAAGGAUCCUGCUUGCUCAUUCUCUUGCUGCUGAUACUUCCUGGAGAGUUGAACUUCUACAACUCGACCUACCUCUAUUUCUAAAGCCUGGGCACGAAGGAUCAGCCUCAUAUCCGCCUCAAUGGUUCUCCCGUACGGUGUUUACAGGGCAGACCACGUGGGUUCUUUCCUGCGCCCAAAGGCCGUUCUCGAUGCCCGGGAGGCAGUUGCGAACAAUACUUCCACUACUGAGGAGCUCCGUAAAGUUGAAGAUAAAUGCAUCACCGACGUAGCCACCAAGGAGAUAUCGAAUGGCCUGCGCUCCAUAACUGAUGGCGAGUAUCGCCGGGCUUAUUUUCACCUCGAUUUUCUGCAGCAUCUCUCUGGCAUCGAGAUCAAAGGACAGACGGGGAUGAUACGGCCGCACGGAUUUUCGCCCCCAGUGCUGGUCGUCACGGGUAAACUUGGCCAUCCAAAGGCAAUCCAAGUCGAUGACUUCAAGUUCCUCGAGCGCGCGAUUAAAGAGAACGGGGGUGCGGCAACGACAAAGGUAUGCAUACCAAGUCCGACUAUGGUGCAUUUCCGUGGUGGGCGUGCGAGCAUAGAUAUUGAAGCAUAUCCCGACUUGGACGAGUUUUUCGAAGAUCUCGCACGUGUAUAUCAGGAAGAAUUGGACUCAUUGUAUCAAGCGGGAUGUCGGUUUGUACAACUCGAUGACACAAACCUCGCUUAUCUAUGCGAUCCGGAUAUGAGGAAGAUGGUCGAAGAGCGAAAUGAGGAUUUGAACGUUCUCCCACGAAAGUAUGCUGAGCUCAUCAACGCCGCGAUAUCCAAGCGACCGAAAGACAUGAAGAUUGGAAUUCACCUCUGCAGAGGCAACUACCGCUCCAAGUGGUUUGCAUCAGGGGGAUAUGAGCCUGUUGCUGAAGUCCUCUUCAAGGAACUCAACGUCGAUGCUUACUUCCUAGAAUACGAUGAUGCACGCAGCGGCGACUUUAAACCGCUCCGCCAUCUUCCCGACCACAAAGUCGUGGUUCUCGGACUCAUGUCUAGCAAGAAGAACACUCUUGACAAUAAAGAGGAAAUACGGGAGAGACUAAAGCAGGCAGCAGAGGUGUGUCCUAAGGGUCUCGAUCAGCUAUGCUUGAGUCACCAGUGCGGGUUCAGCUCGACUAUGGAAGGCAAUGAGUUGACAGAGGAAGAGCAGUGGGCGAAAGUGAGACUCGAGGUCGAGAUUGCGAAGGAGGUUUGGGGCCCGGAUCUCUCGAAGUGAGAUAAGAGAGUUUUGGAGUAUGUCUGGUGGCGAGUGUUCACGAGCUUGUUCGGAAAACGAUAUGAUCGUCGGUAGACCAUAUCAUUUACCUGUUGGUUCAACCCAAUGGCUUUUGUAUCCUUAUCUCCUGUGGCCAGCUGUUAUUGCCGUUCAUUCCCGAACCCUGGAAUGCACCGCUCGUAAUAAUAAGGCUGAUUCUCA